AAGUACUUGCAAGAUGGUCUGACAACAAGUUCUACAAUGUUACAGUGGACUUCAUUGGAACAGCUGACAAGACAGUGGAUUUCAAGAAGGGCAAAAAGGACAUGAAAAAAAGAGAUGCAGCUGCUCAGAGAUCCUACAACUUUCCAUCCCUGUCUCAAGCAGGUCAGUCCUCCUCUGCACAGUAUCACCCAAAUACCGUGGACCACAAUGUCAUCCAGCCUCCAACUGCCUGGCCAGUGUACAACCUCCACCUACAAGUCAUCUCCACCUACCCAGCCACAUCACCGGCCUCCACCUAUCCAGUCAUCUCCACCUACCCAGCCACAGCACCGGCCUGUAACUGCCUGGCCACUGUACCAGCUUCUAGUUACCCAGUCAUUGCCACAAACCCAUCCAUAUUACCAGCAUCCACCCAUCCAGCCUCUCCACACCAAUGCACAUAAAAACCCUGCUGUUCUUGGGGACCAGAGCCAGGCUAGUAUGUCUGAACUUAAGAAUUCUUCAAGCUCAUCUGGUACGCCUGAACAUGAGAAUUCUUCAAGCUCAACUGCAGAUACUAUAAUCACCGAGCAUGAUCCAAUACCAGAUUAUGGAGAACCAAUUCUCAGACCGCCUGAAUCAGCAGAAGACAGAUCAUGGAAGCCAUGCGGGGCAUGCAAGGCAGAGGUGGCAAAAGUAAUGGAGGAGAAGGACAAACUGCAGGAUGUGCUGUGUGGUAUCAGUGGUGACCACAUCAAGGCAUUAAAAAGCUUUCUGGACAAAGUGGAACAGAUCCAACCUCAGACUGGUGUUUGGGCUCCAAAAAACAGAUGUGGUAAGCAAGAGCUAUAUCCAGAAAGUGGCCUCUUCCUCACCUCUACCCGCCUUCUUUUCGAUGAAUUCUUUAAUGCAGAGGAGUGCCAAAAUGCUGUGGCGUUUGGGAAACACGGAAAGGUGCCAGAUGGGAAGACAGUGCUGGAUAAGUCCAAAGUCGUUGGGAAUGAAUUUUAG